GAGAACACCAGAGAAAGAAAGAGGAGAGGAGAAAUGAGAAGAUAAGAGAGAAGAAGAGGUGGAGGAUGAGGAGCAGAGCGCAGCGCUGGAGUACGUGACAGUCAGGGUGUGGUCUCACAGCGCUGGUUUCCUGCCCUACUCUGCACUUCACACUGGAGGGGGAGGAUGGGGUCUGUGGUCUGAGGGUUCUGACGGCUGCUAACAGCUGACAAGGGGUGUUGGGGGAGGCGUGAGAGAAGAACAUCGAGGCACAGAGAGAGAGAACCAGAGAGAAGAAGAGAGAGGAGGAAAGAGAGCGAGAGAGUGAGAGAAGAACAUCGAGGCACGGAGAGAGGACCAGAGAGAGGAAGAGAGAGGAGGAAAGAGAGCGAGAGAGAGAGAAGGGAGGAGAGCUCAGAGUAACAGACUCAUACUUUUGAGCAAAAGAGACAAAGAAAGAAAAAAGUGUGUAGGAGAGUAACCAGAGAAGUCCCAACACGAUCCCACUGAACCUGACAACCAAGGGACAGUAGGACCAGGGGCUGUUAAAGGAUAUGUAACGACACACACAUUCUGGACAGUGGACAGUCAAACUACAGCUGCAGAGUCUCUGACAUGGGGGGAAUCUGGAUGCACUGAAGAUCUGCUGGGCCUAAAGACACCCCAGCUUCAACACAAUGCCCACUCUUCCCUCCUCCCCCCUUUCCACCUCCUCUUCCUUCCCCCUCUCCAAUGCCACCUAUCCCCCCUUUACCUCCUCCUCUCCAAACCAGACCCUAUGUAAUCUAGAUGAGGGUGCCCUGCGCCUCCCCCUGGUCUUCUUCUACUCCAUCUUCUUCCUCCUGGGUCUGGUAGGUAAUCUCCUGGCCCUGUGGGUCUUCGUAUUCCUCCACUCCAGGAGGAACUCUGUCCGGGUGUUCCUCAUCAACGUGGCCAUAGCUGACCUGGUGCUCCUGGCCUGCCUUCCCUUCAGAGUCCUCUACCAUGCUAACGGCAACCGCUGGGUCCUCGGCCCCCUGGUCUGUAAAGUGGUGGGCAACCUCUUCUACAUGAACAUGUACAUCAGUAUCACUCUGCUGGGGUUCAUUAGUCUGGAUAGGUAUGUGAAGCUGAAGGGGCGGGGCGGAGCGGGGAGGGGCCUGGCCAGGAGGCUGAGAGGCGGGGGAUGGAGCUGGGUGGCGUGCGGGGCGCUCUGGGGGCUGUCCCUGGCGGCGGCCGUGCCCAUGAUCGCCAUGUCGGAGGGAAACGAGGAACCUGGGAAGUGUUUCCAGUAUAAGCAGCGGCGUGGGGCGAAGGGGAAGGCUUACUUCAACAUGGCUCUGGUGCUGCUGUUCUGGGGGGUGUUCUGCCUGCUGGUGGUCUCCUAUGGGAAGAUAGCCAUGCGCCUCCUCAAGGUGUCCAGGGAUAAACCUGACCUCCCCAAUGCCCACCGCUACGGUAGCGCCGCCAGGAAGUCCUUCUUCGUGCUCUUCCUGUUCACCGUCUGCUUCGGGCCCUACCACGCCUUCCGCCCAUUCUACGUCCUCUCCCAGCUCAACCAAUCCCCAUCCUGCGAUGACUUGCGCCUGGUGGACAGGACCAAUGAGGUCAUGUUGUUGUUCUCCGCCUUCAACGCCGUCCUGGACCCUGUGAUGUACUUCCUGUUGUCGGGCUCGGUGCGCAAGGCCGCCGUGAAAGCCCUCGGACAGAGCCUUGGCAACCGGCUCCACUUCCUUAACGACGGGACCUCCAACAGCUCGGUAUCAGAGUUCAGACGGACCUCUCUGUCCGUCACCUCCCCCAACACCGUCAUUAACCCCUCCCAUGAGCCCAGGACCAGCCUCUGUCUGAUUAGCCCCACCCUCCACCCUGGCGCAGCCAUAGUGGCAAAGCAGUGAAUUUACAGACCUCAUUGUUUAACUUCAUGGACUUUAGCCCUAUUUACAUUAUAAUGUAUACCAUGUACUCAACAACUGAUGCAUGUGACAAGGGCCAAUGUCUUGAACUAGACUCAGUUCCCAAGAAUGGACCUGACCAGAUGUCCUGAAUCAAAGUGAUUUACACUACCGUUCAAAAGUUCAGGGUCACUUAGAAAUGUCCUUGUUUUUGAAAUGAAAGCACUUUUUUUGUCCAUUAAAAUAACAUCAAAUUGAUCAGAAAUACAGUGUAGACAUUGUUAAUGUUGUAAAUGACUAUUGUAGAUGGAAACGGCUGAUUUCUUAUGGAAUAUCUACAUAGGCGAACAGAGGCCCAGUCUCAACGCAAAACCCCAGUCUCAAUGCAAAACCCCAGUCUCAACGCAAAACCCCAGUCUCAACGCAAAACCCCAGUCUCAACGCAAAACCCCAGUCUCAACGCGAAACCCCAGUCUCAACGCAAAACCCCAGUCUCAACGCAAAACCCCAGUCUCAACGCAAAACCCCAGUCUCAACGCAAAACCCCAGUCUCAACGCAAAACCCCAGUCUCAACGCAAAACCCCAGUCUCAACGCAAAAUCCCAGUCUCAACGCAAAACCCCAGUCUCAACGCAAAACCCCAGUCUCAACGCAAAACCCCAGUCUCAACGCAAAACCCCAGUCUCAACGCAAAACCCCAGUCUCAACUAGAUAGAGGAACUCUGCACAGAGGAACUCUGCCUAGAAGGUCAGCAUCCCGGAGUCGCCUCUUCACUGAGGUUGAGACUGGUGUUUUGCAGGUACUAUUUAAUGAAGCUGCCAGUUGAGGACUUGUAAGGCGUCUGUUUCUCUAACUUUCUCAAACUAGACACUAAUGUACUUGUCCUCUUGCUCAAUUGUGCAACACCUUCAAAAGGUUUUUUCUAAAUGAUCAAUUAGACUUUUAAAAUGAUAAACUUGGAUUAUCUAACACAAUGUGCCAUCAAAUCAAUAUUUAUUGGUCACAUACACAUGGUUAACAGAUGUUAAUGGUCACAUACACAUGGUUAACAGAUGUUAAUGGUCACAUACACAUGGUUAACAGAUGUUAUUGGUCACAUACACAUGGUUAACAGAUGUUAUUGGUCACAUACACAUGGUUAACAGAUGUUAAUGGUCACAUACACAUGGUUAACAGAUGUUAAUGGUCACAUACACAUGGUUAACAGAUGUUAAUGGUCACAUACACAUGGUUAACAGAUGUUAUUGGUCACAUACACAUGGUUAACAGAUGUUAUUGGUCACAUACACAUGGUUAACAGAUGUUAUUGGUCACAUACACAUGGUUAACAGAUGUUAAUGGCCACAUACACAUGGUUAACAGAUGUUAAUGGUCACAUACACAUGGUUAACAGAUGUUAUUGGUCACAUACACAUGGUUAACAGAUGUUAUUGGUCACAUACACAUGGUUAACAGAUGUUAUUGGUCACAUACACAUGGUUAACAGAUGUUAAUGGUCACAUACACAUGGUUAACAGAUGUUAAUGGCCACAUACACAGGGUUAACAGAUGUUAAUGGUCACAUACACAGGGUUAACAGAUGUUAAUGGCCACAUACACAGGGUUAACAGAUGUUAAUGGCCACAUACACAUGGUUAACAGAUGUUAAUGGCCACAUACACAUGGUUAACAGAUGUUAAUGCAAGUGUAGUGAAUUGCUUGUGCUUCUAGUUCCUACUGUGCAGCAAUAUCUAACAUCUACAUGUGAGAAGAGUAAUGUAGGGUAUGUAAACAUUAUAUAAAGUGGAACACAGGAGUGAUGGUUGCUGAUAAUGGGACUCUGUAUGCCGUUUCCAGCUACAAUAGUCAUUUACAACAUUAACAAUGUCUACACUGUAUUUCUGAUCAAUUUUAUGUUAUUUUAAUGGACAAAAAAAAUGAUUUUCUUUCAAAAACAAGGACAUUUCAAAGGGACCCCAAACUUUUGAAUGGUAUGUAAAUGCCUGUGUCUGUCGGUUAACUAAUAUUGUCAAUAGUAUGUGACACAAUCAUAUCUGAUAUAACACUGUACAAAGCAAAUAAAUAUAUACGAUUUAAGCUCACAUGUAUGUGGUGGGCAACCUCCUCUACAUGAACAUGUAUAUCAGUAUCACUCUGCUGGGGUUCAUUAGUCUGGAUAGGUAUGUGAAGCUGAAGGGGCGGGGCGGAGCGGGGAGGGGCCUGGCCAGGAGGCUGAGAGGCGGGGGAUGGAGCUGGGUGGCGUACUGGGCACACCUUGGUGUGAAAACUGAAUGGCUGAUAAGCAUCACACAGUCCCCUCUACUGGUGGUAUUAGGUACUACCACUACAGCAGUCUACUACACACCGGCACCAUCACACACACACACACACACACACACACACACACACACACACACACACACACACACACACACACACACACACACACACACACACACACACACACACACACACACACACAGCAACAAACAAAA